AUGGUUCUCGCUGUCGAUCUCCUCAACCCCAGCCCGGCCGCUGAGGCUCGCAAGCACAAGCUUAAGAUUCUCGUCCCCGGCCCGAGGUCUUUCUUCAUGGACGUCAAGUGCCCCGGCUGCUUCACCAUCACCACCGUGUUUUCCCACGCGCAGACCGUCGUUAUCUGCCAAGGCUGCACGACUGUUCUUUGCCAGCCCACCGGUGGCAAGGCUCGCCUGACCGAGGGCUGCUCCUUCCGGAGAAAGUAG